CGCGUGGACAAGACAAUGGCUCCUCUGACCCCCGAGGAAGAAACGUUGUGCAUCAACACGGUGCGCAUGCUCGGUGCCGACCAGCCGACCGCCGGGAAUUCUGGGCAUCCUGGCGCUCCCAUGGGAUGUGCCCCCAUGGCGCAUGUCCUCUUUGGCAAAGUCAUGAACUUCAACCCGAAGAAUCCGGCGUGGACGAACCGUGACCGCUUUGUCCUGUCGAACGGCCAUGCGUGCGCUCUUCAAUACGCGAUGCUCAACUUGACGGGCUACGAUGUUUCGAUUGACGACUUGAAGUCGUUCCGACAGUGGGGGUCGAAGUGCCCUGGACAUCCCGAAAACUUCUGUACUCCCGGUGUCGAAGUGUCGACGGGACCGUUGGGCCAAGGUCUGUCGAACGCGGUGGGGUUGGCGAUCGGUGAAAAGCACCUUGCGGCGGUGUUCAACAAGGAAGGCCAUGAAAUCGUCGAUCAUUACACGUACGUCAUUUGCGGCGACGGGUGCAUGCAAGAAGGCGUGACGUCGGAAGCGUCGUCGUUGGCCGGUCAUUUGGGACUGGGCAAGUUGAUUGUGUUGUACGACGACAACUUGAUCACGAUUGAUGGGUCCACGGAUUUGAGUUUCACCGAGGACGUGGCCAUGCGCUACGAAUCGUACGGCUGGCACGUGCAAACCGUCACCGACGGCAACUACGACCACGAAGCGAUCCACCGCGCUGUGUUGAAGGCCAAGGCCGUCACCGACAAGCCGUCCCUCAUCAAGAUCCGCACGAUCAUCGGUCUCGGCUCCAAGAUUGAAAACACGUACAAGGUGCACGGUGCCCCGUUGAAGGCCGACGAUACGGAAGCGAUCAAGUCCAAGUUUGGGCUCAAGAAUGAACCAUUUUACGUGCCGGACGUGGCACGCAAGUUUUAUGACCGCAAGGAAGCCGGUGCCGCUGCGGAAGCCGCGUGGAAUGCCAAGUUUCAAGCGUACGCGGCCGCGUACCCCGCGGAAGCUGCUGAAUACACGCGCCGCUUUUGCGGCGGGCUCCCGGCAAACUGGAAGGAUGCGUUUCCGCGCUACACGCCGGCGGACAAGGGAUUGGCCACGCGUCAAUUUUCCGAAAAAGCGCUGAACGCUGCCGCGACCGUGUUUCCGGAGCUUGUCGGCGGGUCGGCGGACUUGACGCCGUCCAACUUGACGCAUCUCACGAUGACGGGCGACUUCCAAAAGAACACGCCGAUCGGUCGCUACCUCCGCUUUGGCGUCCGCGAACACGCGAUGGCGUCGAUCAGCAACGGUCUGUUUGCCCACGGCGGUCUCCGCCCGUUCUGCGCGACGUUUUACAACUUUAUCGGGUAUGCGCUCGGCGCGGUCCGCGUGUCGGCAUUGAGUGAGUUUGGUGUGAUCUACAUUGCCACCCACGACAGCAUUUUCCUCGGCGAAGACGGUCCGACCCAUCAGCCCAUUGAAAUGAACGCGUCGUUGCGGUCGAUGCCCAACAUGUACUUGUACCGCCCCGCCGACGGGAACGAAGUGUCGGGCGCGUACAUCACGGCGUUGGAAAACCCGACGCAAACGGCCGUGCUCGCGUUUACGCGCCAAGGCGUGCCCAACCUCGACGGAAGUUCUCCCGAAGCGGUGGCCCUCGGGGGGUAUGUGCUGCAGCACAUUGUGCAUGGCGAGCUCGACAUGACCUUUACGGGUCGCCCCGACUUGACAAUCGUGGCAACGGGGUCGGAAGUGUCGCUCGCGAUCGACGCCGCCAAGCUCCUCGCGAACAAGAGCGUCCGCAUUGUGUCGAUGCCGUGCCGCGACAUCUUUGACCAGGCGACUCCAGAGUACAAGAAGUCGGUGUUUCCGUCGGGCGUCCCGACGCUGUCGGUGGAAGCUGCCGCCACGUUUGGCUGGCGCGACUACUCGCACGCGCAAUUUGGUCUGGACCGAUUCGGCGCGUCCGCCACGAUCGAGCAACUGAGACACCACUUUGGCUUUAACGCGCCCGCGGUGGCGGCCGAAGCCCAGAAAUUGCUCGACUACUAUGCCGGCCGCCAUGCCCCGUGCUUGUUUGACGUGCCGGCGCGCCGCGUCGUCAAACAAGGCCACCACUAGGACCGUUCGCGAUCCAGUUGAAUGAAUACAAUGUGAAAAUGACAGCGCUGGCGUCGACAGAAGGCGAUGUUAUCCCCC